AUGGAACUUUCCAGACCCAGGUGCAGACUCUGGAGGGAGCUGGUUCUCCUGGCUGGUCUACUGGCCUGUGGGAUCCGCCAAGCCUCUGGCCAAAUCUACAUCAGCCCAGACUCACUCACAGGGUUCAAGGGAUUUCGGACCAUCCUGAUCCUUGAAAAUGCCACCAAAGAUGCUCAGGAAUACAGCUGGCACCGCGGUGCAAAUGACACUGUGGAUAAUAUGAUUGUCAGCUACAAACCUCCCUCCAAUUCCUGGCAGACGGGGCCCAUGUCCAGUGGUCGGGAGAACGUGACCAAGAUAGGUGACCUGGUGAUCAGGAGAUGUGCAUUAAAUGACACAGGGAAUUAUACCGUGAGGGUGGACACUGGCAAUGGGACCCAGACAGCAACUGGCUGGCUCGACAUUCAAGAGGCGGAAGGCAAGCCAGGCAUCUGGGCCAACGCCAGCUCUCUGGUAGAGGACAUGGAUGCUGUGGCUGCCAUUUGCCACACCAAUGCCACCACGGUCAAGUGGUAUGUGGAUUACACACUGGUGUCCAGCAAUGACCGGAUGACAAUCUCCCCGGACCUCAAGACCCUCAUCAUCCACAGGGUCAGCCGCUAUGACAGAGCACUUCACUGCGAGAUAGAAAGCAUCCCAGAGAUUUUUCAGAGAAGUGAAAUUAUCUCUCUGACUGUGGCCUAUGGGCCAGACAACGUGCAGCUGAGUUCCAGUCCCAUUAUCUCCAAAGGCGUCCUGUCUGCUAAGAUCGGCUCCCAGGUAAUGAUGGAGUGUAGCGCCACUUCCAAACCCAGUCCCAAGUACCAGUGGAUCCACAGUGGCUCCCUCCUGAGCUUCUCAGAGGCAAACGUCACUCUCCCAAGUCUGGCCUGGGAGCAGAUGGGCAGAUACAGAUGCAUCGUGGGGAACCCUGUGACCCAGCUGACCAUGUACAGGGAAUUCCAGAUCCAGCCACUCCAGCACAUUCCUGUUGUGAACAGCGGUUUCUACAUCUCAGGAGCCAAAGUGGUGUGGCUCAUCGUGUUCAUAGUCCUGGGCAGCAUCUACCUCUGUGGAAUCCUGAUCUACGCCUUGAUCAGCCAUUUCUCCACCAGGUGCCUGUUGCCCUGGGUCGAGGGUGGGUUUCUUCGUGUUUAUGAUGUUGAUAUGGAGGUCCACCUAGAGGAGCAGCCAUGA